GUUUAAAUUGGUUCAACUACAUAACCCUGACACAAUCCUGAAUAAUGAGACCUAGCAACCCCAAAUGAAGAACACAGUCAUCCACCUUCCUGAUGAACAUAAAUGCAUAAAUAGAAACUUACAAAAUUCAUAAUCACCUUGAGGAGAUCAUAUAGCAUGAUAAAAUUGGUUUUAUCCCAAGAUUCAAAUCAAGGUUGGUUCAAAUAUACAAAUCAAUCCUCUUAAUAGCCGCCUAGACAGAAAUUGCAUAAUCAUCUUGACUAUGGCAUAGGUGCAGCUUGAAUCCAAACAUUCUGACUCUGAAAUCCUUUCUUCUACCGCUCUCCAUUGUGCUUUUCAAAAGAUCUGCUUUAUAUCUUAGGCGUUAGGAAUAAAGUGCAAGACUCCUGUCCCAGCCACCAUCAGCAGCAGUUGCAGCCUGGCCUCACUCCUCAAUUUGGCAAAAAUGCCCACAGAGACUGAGAGAUGCAUCGAGUCCCCGAUUGCUGUUUUCCAAAAGUGCAGUCGGAAGGAAGAAAAGAGCUAUCAGCUCUCCAAAACUGAGUCCCUUUCCUUCAUGAACAUUGAGAUGGCCACCACCAUGAACAAGCAGAAGGACCCAGGUGCCCUUGACCAAAUGAUGAAGAAGCUGAAUCUCAACCGUGAUUGGCAGCUAGAUUUCCAAGAGUUUCUCAACCUUAUAGAUGGCUUAGCUAUAGCAUGGCAUGAGUUCUUCCUCUGGAUUUCCCAGAAGCGUAUCUAACCCUCUUCGUUCCCUUCCAACCACCAAGUCAUCACCUC